AUGUCAACAAAAACCCAAUACAGGUCUUCCAUCGUGCCGACCGCGACCUUUUUUCUCCGUAAAAGUUAUUGUAGAACUAUAUUUACGACAUGGAAACCCUAAGGAUAAAAUGUAUUACUUGGAAUGUUCAAACCUCAUGGCCGGAAGAAGAUAUGUCUACUCUCCUUGGACUGAAAGAUGUGAAGCAAAACAUGACAAGUGUCAAGAAAUGCACUCCUCCAGCUUUGCCUGAUAUCUACAUCAUCAGUUUGCAGGAGGUAAAGUCACAACCACAAAAUGUUGUGCUGGAUAUGUUUUUUGAGGAGCCCUGGACCAAGCAGUUUUUGGAUGAUCUCAGCGCCCACAAUUAUGUCAGAAUUGCUGGGGAGCGUCUACAGGGUUGUGUUCUGAACAUCAUUGUCAAGAAAGAGCUUGUAGCUCAGCUGCGUGACAUCCACACCUCCGUCACAAGAACAGGUUUUGGGGGCCUUUGGGGAAACAAAGGAGGCGUGAGUGUUCGCUUCAGCGUAGGAGGAUGUUCUGUGUGCUCUGUCAACUGCCACCUUGCAGCACAUGACGGAGGUUACAGUGAGCGAGUCCUGCAGUACAACACCAUCCUGCAUAGCACCACCUUCCCUCAGUGCUCUCCCACAACUUCUAUACUCUACCAUGAUUAUGUCUUCUGGAUGGGAGACCUGAACUUCCGCCUAGCCUCCAGUAUCUCUGGUGAAGAAAUUGCCAGGCUGGUGAGCAAGGGCAGCUUGGAAGAGCUCUAUGAACUGGACGAGCUGAAGAAAGCGCAGUCUGCCAGGGACGCUUUUGAGCCUCUCACUGAAGCUCCUCUCACUUUCCCGCCCACAUACAAAUACAAGGAAAACCACGUGUCUGAUUAUGACUUGAGCCGGCGGCCUGCGUGGACAGACAGAAUCCUGCACCAGGUUUUGCCCGACGCCUACGAGCACGUGAAGCUCAGCGCCGAGCAGACGAGCUACAGCGCCCUGCAGCAAUACAGGCAGAGCGACCACAAGCCUGUCAUCGCCGAGUACUUAAUUAAGGUGUUCAGCGACCACAGGGAGCGCUGCGUGCGUCUACAGCCCACCGGCGACUGGCGUGUGUGCGAGGGCGGCACGGCCACCGUCAGCCUCGACAGCGACGUCGUCGUCUCUAACUCUGACUAUAUCGCGCUUUUUAAAGAUAAUUUCUGUAACAUGGAACAGUACAUAACUUACUGCUACUUGCCCGAGAUAAAGGAUCAGUCUGGACCCGCCACGUUCACCGUUGCGCUGCAAGAUGAUCUCAUCCAUGACGCGGGCAUGUACAGACUCGUGUACGUGUCUCGCCUGUACAACUGCUACCUCGGCAUGAGCGACGCCUUCGCUGUUCAACUGUCCCCACAGCUGAUGCCUGCGCAGUCUCGCCUCGGAACUGCGUGAGUGUCUUCUGAUGCCUGCGCAGCCUCGCCCCUGAACUGCGUGAGUGUCUUCUGAUGCCUGCGCAGCCUCGCCCCUGAACUGCGUGAGCGUCUUCUGAUGCCUGCGCAGCCUGGUGCCGCGUCCACGUGUCUUCCGAAACCGACGCCCUCUCGUGGCGCAUCAGCAUAAAUGUCUCCGGCAGCGUGAGCAGCAUCUUGCCGCACCUACGUGGAUGUCUCUUGUGAUCUUUGUAGCUUCGCGUCUGAGCUGCUUGACUAACAACUCCGUUUUUAGCGCAUUUUCUCAUUUAUGGAAAAAAUGCACUAU